AUGAAACAGACAGCCAUGGCCAGCUACAGAACGACAUUACACUCUUUGUUAAUGGCUUGCGCGCUAAUCUUGGCAUUAGCCGGCGCCUGUUACUGUGACCACACUUUGUCUUCUCAAGACGAGAUUAAAACAAUAUCCACUUCUCAAGCCCCACUGACUUUACCGCUUAAAAAGGUUUACACGAAACCAUUAGUGACAACAGUGGCCGCGACUGCAGCAUCUUCAACUACAAAGAAUAGCUUAAAAACAACAAAAGCGGUCGUGGCGACAGAGAGCCCGGCUACCUCGCGCCAUUCAACUACUAAAGUGUACACAACUACAAAGGCGCUAGUGAAAAGUGCAAGAAGGCAAAAGUUAAACACUAGUUCUAGUGCACUUGGCGCGGCGCAUUCACCAGCGCGCCUACAAGAGCGGCUGGGGGCGAUAGAUUGCGAUCUGCCCGUGCUGCCGCGGGAGUCACGCCUCUGGCGCGGCAACGAGACACAUGAACUCAAUCUGCCGGUCACUUCUACAACACUGUACGAGUGUUCAGACUUUUAG